UAAAAUGGUGUAUUAAUUUUCUUAUCAAAUAUUUGUGUUUUGAAAAUCGUGUGUUACAGACAGAUAUGGCUCCACAGAUUAAAUAUACAAAGCUGUUCAUCGACAACCAGUGGGUGGACGCCGUCAGUGGCAAAACUUUUGAAACCUACAACCCUCAUGACGGCUCCGUUAUCGCUAGAGUGGCUGAAGGUGAUGAGGCGGACAUAAAUUUAGCGGUAGCAGCUGCGAAGCGUGCCUUCCAUCGGAACUCGGAAUGGCGUUUACUUGACGCGUCCCAAAGAGGUUACAUACUCUACAAAUUCGCCGACCUGGUGGAAAGAGACUUCGAUUACCUCGCUGAACUUGAGUCCUACAACAAUGGCAUGGUUGUGAGUUUGUCAAAAGGAUUCAAUCGAUAUGGUAUUGAUUAUAUUCGAUACUUGGCCAGUUUGGCUGACAAAGUUCAAGGAGAUACUAUUCCUCUUAAUGGUGACGUAUUUUCAUACACUUUGAAGCAACCCGUGGGCGUGUGCGGUUUGAUCCUGCCGUGGAAUGGACCAAUUAUGAUGUUCAUCCACAAAGUAGUCACUGCUCUCGCGGCUGGUUGUACGGUGGUGGUGAAGCCGGCGGAACAGACGCCGCUAACUGCACUGGCGCUAGCCGCGCUGCUGCAGGAGGCCGGCGCGCCAGCAGGUGUUGUCAACGUCGUCAACGGCUUCGGAGUCGGCGCCGGCACCACACUCACUCAUCACCCUGACGUCGCCAAGAUCUCAUUCACUGGAUCACUUGAAGUUGGAAAGCUGAUUCAACAAGCAGCUGGAGCUAACAACCUGAAGCGAGUGACACUCGAGCUCGGCGGCAAGAGUCCUUUGGUUAUCAUGGACGAUGCAGAUUUAAAUACUGCUAUAGCCGUCGCCGCCAAUAGUAUUUUUGCUCACCAAGGCCAGAUUUGCGUGGCAGCUUCUCGUUUGUUCGUGCAAUCGGGUAUCUACGACAAAUUCGUGCAAGGCUGCGUCGCAUUCGCUAAGAACCGAGUUGUUGGUGACCCAUCAGACCCAUCAACAGAACAGGGACCACAAAUAGAUGAGGAGAUGAUGAAAAAAAUAUUAGGUUAUAUAGAGAAGGGUAAGAAGGAGGGAGCAAAACUGAUGACUGGAGGCAAGCGCAUUGGCAACUCAGGUUUCUACAUCGAGCCGACAGUCUUUGCAAAUGUCACUGAUGAUAUGACCAUCGCUAAAGAAGAGAUCUUUGGACCGGUGCAAAGCAUUAUUAAGUUCGAUAAACUGGAAGAAGUUAUCGAUAGAGCGAAUGCUACGAACUACGGUCUUGCUGCCGGCAUCUUUACGAAUAACCUUAACAACGCUUUGCAGUACACUAAGCAUAUAGAGGCAGGGAAUGUAUGGGUAAAUACGUACUUAUUGUCUGGACCACAAGGACCUUUUGGCGGCUUUAAAGAUUCUGGGCUCGGAAGGGAAAAUGGUAUCAACGCCUUGGAUGCUUAUUUAGAAGUGAAGACUGUUGCCAUUAGCCUGCCAAAGAAAUUCUAAUUUAUGUAAUUUAAACAAAAGAAAUGUGAUACCUAAUAAACUUAAUCUAAGAUUUUA